AUGUGCAAUCAAAACCAGAUAUCAAAAAAUCUUCCUUUGAAAAAACGUCGUGCCUACAUGAUCGAUAACUUGACGUCAAAUAAUGAACAAAAUGAAUAUCAACCGACAAUAGCAAAACAAGCCUAUAUAAAAGAAGAUCCACUUCAAAUCUACAUUCCAGCUCCACCCAUCGCACCAACCCCACCAUCAUCGCCACACGUCGAAUUAUUACGACAACAGUAUGCUUAUUUAUUAGUGAAUCCAACUGAUGUGAUGAAACAAAAAUAUUUUCAUCCAUCAGCUUAUGAUUCUAUGAUUGCACAACAGUAUCUUGAUAAUUAUCGAACAUUAGUUGAACAACAACAACAUCACCUACGUAGUUAUGGCGUAGUCGAAGAUCAACCAAAACAAACAGAUAUGAUAAUAGACGAACAUUUUAGAAAAUCUUUAGAAAAUAAUUACAAUAAAUUUACUGGCCGGUGUUUAACUCCUGAUGAUUCAUCAUCCAAUAGUUCACCGAUUGAACGAACACCAGUUGACUCAAUUGAAGAACACUUCGCUCGUUCUCUUGCUAAAUUUCGACCAUCACAAAAUGCAUUAUCAAAUGACGAUAGAAUAUCAUCGAUUAAUCAUCAAUUAACUGAAUCAGUUGUUGACGAUCAUUUUGCUAAAGCAUUAGGAUCAACAACAUGGCAAAGACUGAAAGAAAAACUAUAA